AUGGAAAAAUCACCUUUUUAUUUAACAUUUAAUUAUAAUGAUAAACAAAUAAUCAAUAAAAAUUUUACAAUAACAACUGAAUUAUAUUAUGAUAAACGUACAUCAAUUAAUUGUGAAAAUAAUCAAUAUAGAUUAUGUCUUGUUGAAUUAUCAUUACAAAUACAAUCUGAUAUAAUGUCAAUAAAAUUUUGGUGUCAACCACCAGCAUUUUUAUUUGAAGAUUUUAAUCAAUUUUCAAGAUUUCAUACUUGUAUACUACCUGUAAUUGAUGCUACUCAACAACCAUCUAUAACUAUGAUAAUUAAUUCAUAUGAUAUAGGAAAAAUUAUUCCAUUAGCUAUAGCUAAUUUUACUUCUUUACCAGAAUAUUAUAUUGAAAAAAAUUCUGAAAUACCAAUUUUGAUUUUCAAUAAUGAAAAUCUUCUUUCAAGAAAUGUUCGUUAUGUAGUGAGUGAAAAUGAUGAUGCUAUUGAAAGUGAGCUUGAUGAUCCUGAUUGUAUAAUGGAAAAAAUAAAUCGAACUAAUGGAUAUUCAAAUCAAGAUGAUCAAUCUAAAGAUGAUGAACCUGAUGAAACUGCUGUACCUGUUGAUUUUGCAUCUGACAUAAUACCAGAGGAUGAUCGUAAUCAACCGAUAGGUGAAUAUGAUGAUUCAUUAGCAGUCAAUUGUACAGCAGGUGGUCCACUUUAUGGUCAUCCAAAUGUUGAAUGGAUUCGAGUAGCUAAUGCAUCAUAUUUUAUAAUUGAUCAACGUAUUAAUCGUAAUGUUGAUCCUGAUAGUGAUGGUAUUGAUUUUCCUAAAAUGGAUACAUAUAUAUUACAAAUACGAAUGAUACCAUAUGUAUUUUUACAAUAUGUUUCUGUGCCAGCAAGUAAUGUUAUUUUAUUAUAUGUUGUGGUUCAUUAUGAUUCUGGACGAAGACAUAAUGCUUAUCAUUCAAAAGUUGAACAAAGUCCUGUUGUUGAAAAUUUUUUAGCUAAAGAACCAACAAGAUUUUUUGAAGUAUAUCUUAAUGCAACUGAUGAUGGUUUACCACCUAGUGAUGUUACAUUAGAUAUUGGUUAUUGUAUAGCACCAAAACAUAAACAUCCGAUUAUUGUUGAUUCAGAUAGUUCAUCCGAUCUGUUGACUGGAACAAUUGAUGUUAAUGCUAACGUUGGUGGUUCAAUAUCUUCAUUGGUUCCUAAGACAAUCAUUAAUCCAAGUGUAGCGUCGGAUACUUUGAUACCAUCACAAAGUCAGCUAGACACUGUCGAUGUUAGUAUUAAUGUUGCUCCUGUAACUCAGCCAAUAGUCGUUGAUGAAGCACACAUACCAUCUAUUACUUAUGAAGCUCAAGAACCAACGAGUGUACGUAAACCCUCCGAUUCUCUUGUUGAAACAGUAGAUGUUAGUGUUAGUAGUAGUGAUUCUGGAUAUGUACCAUCAGAAACUCGUGGAGCCGAAGAAAGUUCACCUUCACUACAAAUCCUUUCUCAAGUACCAGUAGUCCAAAUGAUUAAUAAUCAAGAUGAAUUAAACGAUAUGCAAGCAAAAUCGCCAGCACUUGUUGCUACAAUUGAUCUGAGUGUAUCUGGUGAUCUUUCAAACAAACCGUACUCAACUGAUGCUGUCUCAUCACCAUCACUUGUAUUCAAUGGUUUACUACCAAUGACGACAUCACAAGUUCCAGCAAACUAUUUUUGUUAUAAUAAUCUUCAAAUUGUUGGCAAUAUCAAUGUACAAAAUAUAUUUCAUAUCAAUAGUCCACAACAAACUCCCAUCUCUGAUAUUAUCAACUCACAAUCGGAAUCAACAGGUUAUUCAUUUUCAUCAUUUCACUAUCCUUAUCAUACGAUAGUCAUUAAUCUACGAGUUAAUAUCUAUGUUCAUACACUUACACUUGGACCACAAUCUAAUGUACAAAGAUAUGGUUUACGAUUAUAUAAUCCUUUGAGAAAUGUUGAUGAUACAUAUUAUUCAUCAAUAAUUCCUGGAUCGAAUAAUCAACCAGCUAUAGUUGGAAUUCCAUUAGCGAAAGUUGCUAUUCGUUUAUAUUUGAAUUUAUAUACAACAAAUGAUGGUAGACCACCAAGUAAUAUUAAAAUUAUGAUUAAUGCUUGUUUUGAUUUAUCAUCGAUAAGUAGUGGAAGUAGUCCAAUGAUAGGUGGUCAAUACUAUCGUAGUCCAAGUAUUUCACAAAUUCCUACAGGAAUACAACAACAACCUUAUUAUGAAAGUCCUGUUGAUUCAGGAAUGUCAAUGCCUAUGAUGAAUGUCGCCCAAUCAAGCAACAUCAAUCUGCAUUUGAAGGUUAAUAGCAUACCAUCAAGCUCUGGUCCUCUUGAAACUAGUGAUGGUAGAGGUGUUUCUCCUAGUCUUCAAGUAUCAUACGAUACAAAUGUUGAGUCGAUGGCAGUUAAUAAUAUAGCUCCAUCAAUAACAAUGCUAGUUGAUGCUUCUAGCAAUGAUCCUAAAAAUAUUGCCUAUGAUAGAUCGAUUGGUAUGCAAACACCAUCACCAUCACUCACUGAAUCUCUUGAUAUUAAUGUUAAUAUGGAAGUUCCAGCAAUACCGUCAUCAGACAGUUAUUAUUCGUCAGCUGUUGAACAACCACGUUCACCGACCGUGUCCUAUUAUUCAAGUUUAGUAUUAUCCCAACCAUCAAAUGUAUUAAAUAAUUUACCAUCAAUGACGACAUCACAAGUUCCAGCAAGCUAUUUUUGUUAUAAUAAUCUUCAAAUUGUUGGUAAUAUCAAUGUACAAAAUAUAUUUCAUAUCAAUAGUCCACAACAAACACCUAUCUCUGACAUUAUCAACUCACAAUCGGAAUCAACAGGAUAUUCAUUUUCAUCAUUUCACUAUCCUUAUCAUACGAUAGUCAUUAAUCUACGAGUUAAUAUCUAUGUUCAUACACUUACACUUGGACCUCAAUCUAAUGUACAAAGAUAUGGUUUACGAUUAUAUAAUCCUUUGAGAAAUGUUGAUGAUACAUAUUAUUCAUCAAUAAUCCCUGGAUCGAAUAAUCAACCAGCUAUAAUUGGAAUUCCCUUAGCAAAAGUUGCUAUUCGUUUAUAUUUGAACUUAUAUACGACAAAUGAUGGUAGACCACCAAGUAAUAUUAAAAUUAUGAUUAAUGCUUGUUUUGAUUUAUCAUCGAUAAGUAGUGGAAGUAGUCCAAUGAUAGGUGGUCAAUACUAUCGUAGUCCAAGUAUUUCACAAAUUCCCACAGGAAUACAACAACAAUCCUACAUUGGAAGUUAUAAUGCUCCAGCAUUGUCAGGACCAGGUGUUUCAAGGGAAAAUAUUGUUGAAACUGUAAAUAUUGUAGGAAGUAUCGAUUCGAAUGUUCGUACACCAUAUGAUGAAAGUGGUAGUUCGUCUGCACAAAAUAAUAAUGCUCCGGAUUUAAUAAUUGCAACUGAUUCUGUUGACAGCGGUCCAAUACGAUCGGAACCAUUCAUUGCAAAUGUUGAUGUUAAUGUUGAAAUCAGUGAAUCAUCUGUGCCAUCAAUGCAAAUGCAAUAUCCCAAUCUUCCUCAAACAAUGCUCACUUCUGCUAUAUCUCAUUAUCAUAGUCCAAUGCUACAGUCAUCAUCAAAUGUACUGAAUAAUUUGCCAUCAAUGACGACAUCACAAGUUCCAGCAAACUAUUUUUGUUAUAAUAAUCUUCAAAUUGUUGGUAAUAUCAAUGUACAAAAUAUAUUUCAUAUCAAUAGUCCACAAGAAACUCCCGUCUCUGGUAUUAUUAACUCACAAUCGGAAUCAACAGGUUAUUCAUUUUCAUCAUUUCACUAUCCUUAUCAUACGAUAGUCAUUAAUCUACGAGUUAAUAUCUAUGUUCAUACACUUACACUUGGACCACAAUCUAAUGUACAAAGAUAUGGUUUACGAUUAUAUAAUCCUUUGAGAAAUGUUGAUGAUACAUAUUAUUCAUCAAUAAUUCCUGGAUCUAAUAAUCAACCAGCUAUAAUUGGAAUUCCAUUAGCAAAAGUUGCUAUUCGUUUAUAUUUGAACUUAUAUACAACAAAUGAUGGUAGACCACCAAGUAAUAUUAAAAUUAUGAUUAAUGCUUGUUUUGAUUUAUCAUCGAUAAGUAGUGGAAGUAGUCCAAUGAUAGGUGGUCAAUACUAUCGUAGUCCAAGUAUUUCUCAAAUUCCUACAGGAAUACAACAACAACCUUAUUAUGAAAGUCCUGUUGAUUCAGGAAUGUCAAUGCCUACAAUGGAUGUCGCUCAGUCAAAUAAUAUUGUUGGAGCUGUGGAUGUCUCAGAAACUGUUGGUCGACAGCCUGGUUCAUUUGGACCGAUGCCUUCACCAAACAAACCAGUACCAUUUUCUCGUACACCUGGUCAAUGUUUUGAUCAAAUUCUUAUUAUCGGUGGUUCACAUAUAACUAUGAUUCGAUCACGCAAUCCUGCACAUCAAGUCGUUGGACCAGAGAUAAAUUUUGGUGGUACUGGUUAUACAUUUUCAUCACCAAGUGAUACUUAUGAAUUUGAAGUACAUUUUGCUCAACCAUUCACAAUGAAAUAUAUAUUUAUACCAUCUUCGGCUAAUGUAGAAAGCUUUAAAGUAGAAGCUUCACAUGCUGGAAUGUUAGGUGUAUUUACUUCUACGAAUACAAAAGAUGGUUUAGUUGUAGAUGGUUUUCCAACAAUGCUAGUUUCUAUGUUAGUAAUUACAAUCAUUCAUACUACUGAUGGAUACUUACCAAGUCAUAUUACACUUAGUAUUGGUGUCUGUAAUCCAAUUUAUUCGCCAUCGAAUGAAGGUAAUGAAGCUCCUGAAAUGACUGAUUGUACACCUCAAUUACGUUUACUUGGCAAUCCAAAACAAGUAACACGAAUCGAUAUUAAAACUGCAACAAUGCAUAUCAAACCUAAUAAUUUAAUUAAUCCAAAUCAAGAUGGAAUGGAUUUUCUUACAACAGAAGAAUAUAUAAUUGAUAUUGUAUUGAGUAGAACAAUGUCAAUAGAUUCUAUAACACUUAAUCCUUUAACUAAUGUUGAUAGUUUUAAAAUUCAAUGUCAUAAUUCUCAUGGUUAUUAUCUUGAAAUUAAAUCUAUAAUUGGUUCGAAAACUAUUAAUGGUCUUGCUAAUACACAAGCAAAUUUAAUAAGAAUUAUUCUUCUUGGUACAGAAGAUGGUAAUCCACCUAAUCAUAUAUCAAUUAAAAUAGCUGCUUGUAUUCCAACAAGUUUACCAAAAAUUAUGAGAAGUCCAUUUAAACAUGAACUUAUAACCAAACGAAGAAAACCAUCGAAAUUAAAUAAAAAUCGUUUCGAUGUUCUUGAAGACCAAUUGACAAUGACAUAUACAGAACAACAAGUUCCAAUAUCAGAAGAACAAUUUCAACUUGACUCACAAUCACCAACAUCUGUACAACUAACAGCAAACGUUGAUGUACAACCAAUUCAAGAACCUGACAUGGAUAUAUUACCAUCACCUAUUCUCGCACAACCAUCAUCAAAUAUCGAAUAUCGACCAUUACUAAACUCACAAUCACAAUAUAUACAAAAUCAAAUUCCAGAAAGAAAUAUUCAGUCACAGACAAAUAUAGUGGUGGAAAUAAUUCAACAACCAGUGAUUCAAACACAAUCAUCACCAAUUAUCGUACAGCCAAUAGUGAGUCCAGUCGAAUUACCAAUACGAACACCGAUUAUGGAGCAAUUUCAACAGCCAAUGAUGCCGUCUAUAUCUACUCAAAUUAUUGUCGAAACGCCCAAUCCUGUGAUUUUAACACAGCCAAGUAAUAUUAUGAAACAACCUGAAUCCAAUAUUGCCGUUCAAACUUUCUCAGCACCGAUUAUUACGGCACAAUCGACGCUUGAAGCAAGUGUUCAAACCAUUCCAUCACCGAUUAUUCCUGUACCUUUAAUAGUUCAAAUAUUACCAUCGCCAACACUUGUUGGUACACGUACUUUUGAUCAGCCACCAUCGAUCGACACCGAAGUGUCCGUUGUCAUUCAACAACAACAACAACAACAGCCGAUUAUAUCACCUCAAUCACCAUCGGCAGUUAUAAGAACGAUCUUUAGUGAGAUACAAUCUGCUCCACAAGCAACCAUCGUUACACUACCAUCACCAGUGAUUGAUGCACCUAGAAUUGAAGCAUCAGCAACUAUUUCAAUUGUCGAACAGCCUGUCAAUAUUCAGAGGAUAGUUGACAAUCGACCACAACAAGCAAUCAUCUCGCCAUCUUUGCCGAUGGUUAUUGUAGAAACUAUCUUUAGUCCAAUACGAUUAGCUCCUCAAGAAACAAUUCUUACAAUGCCUUCACCACUAAUUAAUGCGCCUAUCGUUGAAACAUCAGCAUCGAUUUCAAUUACUGAACAGUCAAUUAGAAGCCAACUUGUUCCCAGUUUUCAACAACGACCAGUGAUUGAGUCUCCUACUCCAACAGUUGUCAUCAGUACUAUCUUUAGUUCGAUCCUACCAGCACCGCAAGCAACUGUUCUUACAUGUCCAUCACCUAUAAUUGAUGCACCUCAAGCCGUUGAAAUAUCUGCAACUAUUCAAGUUAUUGAGAAGCCUGUUAUUUAUCAGCCUUCGCCGUCUAUAUCACCGCCGGCUAUCAUAAGAACGAUUUUUAGCGAAAUACAAUCGGCUCCGCAAGAAAUAAUUGUCACAAUCUCAUCACCUAUUAUAGAAUCAUCUCCAAUAGUUCGUACAUCAGAGACAAUAUCUAUUGUCGAUAAACCCCAAGUAUUUCAAACUGUACCGAUUGAUUUUCAACCAAAAGUCUUAAUACAAGAACAACAGCAAAUCAUAUCACCUGCUGUAACGCUGCCUGAUGUGAUACCUUCUUUGUCAGAAGUGGCCAUAAGAGUUACCUAUAGUUCGCCAAUAAUCGAAAUACAACAACAACAGCCGGUUAUUCCAUCUCCUAGUACAAUUAAUAUUAUAAGACCUAUACCAAAUCCGAGAAUUCAAGUUCCAGUCUAUGACACUUUAUCAUCACCAAUUAUCACACCAAGUCCAUCAAUUGCUGUUGUUUCUAGUUAUGCUCAACCAAUAGAUCAACAACCUGCUAUUGAAGAACGUUUACCAAGUGAAAUACUUUCAUCUCUAUCUAUUGAAAUUCAAGCACCAAAGAUACGUAUGAUACCUUCACCGAUCAUUUCACCACCUAUAAUAGCGACAGAUCCACACGUUCCUUUAUCAAUUCCAUCUUCUGGAAUACGUACUGAAAUGUGCAAUUGUCAAUGUCCAAUCAGUGGAUUUGUACCAAUAGUUUAUAAUAAUCGUCAACAAAGUUGUACCAUUGGUACGAGACGAAAACGUCGAGAUCGUCAUUUUAUUGAUGAUGAUGAUGAUGACGAUGAUCAUUAUUUCAGACCAAUUAACUAA